CAAACUGUUUCUGUGAAAUCAUGUGACCACAGAGCGUCCUCCCUCUCUACAGAUAUAUAAACUGCUCUCUGCCUCCUCAACAUCACAGACCAACAACACAGACAGUUUCUGUAGUCUGUGUGUCAACAAGCUUCAGGAACUUCAGAUCCAUUUCUCUGGACCUCUUUCUGGGUUGACCAGGACUUCAAAAACUCAGGGAGUUAUGUGGAGGAUUUUCCUGAUGGUCAGUCUGCUCUGCUGGAGCGCUGACGGACAAAGAGUGACCUGCAGAGACGAAACGGAUGAACCAGUGGACUGGUACAUCAUCUACAAGGCACCCAGACUGAAUAACAUCGGAACUACAGGUUUGGAAUAUCUUUACAUUGAUUCAGCUGGGAAGAAAGAGGAGACCUUAGAUCCCCAGAAGCUCAUCAACCAUCCUGAAGGUGUCCUGGCAAACACCCUGCGGCCCAUUUUUACCACAUCAAUGACAGACAACUUUGGAUUCAUCACCUACAGCGAUCAACCUCCAGGAUGUAAUGCUUUUGCUGAGUAUGGCCACAGUAAAGGAGUUGUGAUGAUGGAUAAAACUACAGGAGUCUGGCUCUUACACAGUCUACCACAGUUCCCUUUCAAAAGAGAUCCAGAGAAGUUCUGGCCACGCAGCGGAGCAGCGAAUGCUCAGACGUUUAUCUGUGUAACAUUCAACUACGACCAGUUCCAACACAUAGGUCAACACCUGCUGGACAUCGCAGCUUUCCCGUUUGAUCAUCAUAUUCCAACUGGUUUCCAUGACCAGCUUAAACAGGCUACAGAGAAAGACUUGGAGGAAAGACCAAGACGUGACGCAAAUCAAAUUAAAACCCAGCUCCUGACAUCAGCAGGAGUAACAUCAGAAGGAUUAACAGGAACAAGAAGACAGUUUCGUAGCUUUGCUAAACGCAAAAUUGAUAUACGUACAGCAGGAGGAGAGAGGAUACUUGAUGACAACAUAUUUGAUGGAGAUCUUUACCUCGCUAUUGCAGAGCGUUACCAGACUCAUGUGAGAGUCCAGACCUGGCACAGCGAGAAUGAAGCUUGCCGCAGUGGAAAAUAUGAAGUGAUCAGAAUUGCAUCUUUAAAAGCUUAUCUAAAAAACAUUAAUCUGGGUAAGAGGCUGGUUAAUUGGGAGGCUGGUAAUGAUCAUUCCAAGUGGUGUGUAGGUAAAGAUAAUAAUAAUGAUUUGAUCUGUAUCGCUGAUGUAAACAGAGCAGUCACCCAAUACAAAAGGCCGGGGGGUGGACUGUGCUUUAGACAUAAAGAGGCAAGUGACCUAUUUAAAGAUGUUAUUGCUGGAACUGAGGAGUGCCCAAGACUAACCCCUAACUGUCCCUAUAAGCGUCGCCGCAUCAACCGUGACACUGACUCUUACUCUGACUGUGUCUCUGACCCUGGAGACUCUGUCUCAGUCUCUGACCCUGGAGACUCUGUCUCUGUCCCUGAGCCUGGAGACUCUGUCUCUGACCCUGGAGACUCUGUCUCUGUCCCUGAGCCUGGAGACUCUGUCUCUGACCCUGGAGACUCUGUCUCUGUCCCUGAGCCUGGAGACUCUGUCUCUGACCCUGGAGACUCUGUCUAUGACUCUGACUCUGACUCUGAGUCUGGAGGAUACCGGGACGUGAUCGUCCACCUCCCCCAGGCUCCCUGGUAUUACAUAAAGAGAGUUAAAGGAAAGCGUUCUUAGUGUGAGAGGUUAUUGUGAUUGUUGGUUGCUCUAUUUUGCAUGUAGAGAUUUACACCAUGAACAUGUGUAUAAUUACAUUUAAUAAUUAUACCAUUCAAUAGCAAAUGAACGCAGAAUAUUUUGAGCUGCAAGGCUUAUACUCUGUGCAUGUUGUGCCAAAGUGAUUAAGAAAAAAUGUGACAAGGUCAUGCUGUUAUACUCAUAACAUUGGUUUGUAGUCUGCCAUUAAGAAGAAGAGAAACCCAGGAUAUAUGCUUGUCAAGUCUCUUCUGAUUGUUGUGCAGAUUAAAAAUAAAGAACUGGAUUCA